AUGCCUAAAGGUUACCACCGCAUGCAGGUUGGUCAGAUCGUGACUUAUAUCAAGAAUCAUCCCAAGGACAGAGGCUGGCAUGACGCCCUUCGUGCUUGUCAGUCCGAGGGUGCAUCGCUGGUAAAGAUGGAUUCAAGUAAGAAACAAAAGCUGGUGGACAGAAAGUUUCCACACUUUGGGAGAGUCUACAUGUGGAUUGGUCUGAACGAUGUUUUCCAGAAUGAUACUUUCUACUGGACAGAUGGAGAACGUCUCACCAACAUUGAAGCUUGGAUUCCUGGUGAACCAUCACUUGUGGCUGGUGGGAUGGAUGAGGACUGUGUAGAAUCAAGACAUGGCCACAAAUAUAUGAAUGACAUCCCAUGCCAUCUCUUAAGGAGUUACCUCUGUGAAACUGAUCCAUUGAAAUGA